AUCCCGGUUGCCAAAGUGGUGAUUGGUACCCAUCAGCUGGUGGGGAUGGGUUGGUUUAUGUGGUCUUGGUUUGUUACGAAAUAGUUCCAUCCUGUGAAUUGUUUGCUUUUCAGGAAGUCAGUGUUACAUCAAAUUACGGUAUCAUGGAAACAUUGUUAAUAUUUGUUCCAUGUGCUCUAUAUAACGAGGAACCCGGGACCUUGUAUGGGGUCGUACAAGAAAGUAAGGAAGAAUGUGUGAAGGCCUACUUCAUUAUUGGAAAGACUGAAGGCCGAAGUAGAAUUUCAGAAGUAGAACAAUGCAGAAUUAUUGGAUAUUACUGUAAAGAAGAUGCACCAUGCAGUGUAUCUUUUGGAGAGAAGUUAGACUCAGUACUCUUGGGAUUAUGUGAUUGUGAAUUCAUAUUGCAUAAAGUAUUAAAUGGUGGAGAUGUUGUAGAUAUGUCCAAACCAUGUCAGACAAUUUGCAUUAUAUAUGAUCAUCAAAAAUUCAUUCUUUCAGAAUUGUUACUGCAAAGUAUGGAUCAUAGUGGCUUAAUGUAUGGAGAUCAUUUCAAAAUGCUGGCUAGCAAACUUAGCACAGAGGUAUCAUUCCAAGAUUCUUCUGUAUGCACAUUCAGUUCGCUAAUAGGCAAAAGUCUAGUCUCACAGCAAAUAAUCAAAUUAUUGUUAUGUAUAAUUAAUAUUCUCCUGAGGUUCAUUACUUUCGUGCAUCCUGUAUUGAAAUAUACAACACUAGAAUCACAUUUACAAAUUUUUCUUCAAAGUAUAAUCUGGGUUCUACAGUCAUGCUCUUGUAAGAAAAAUCUUUCAGUCAAAGUUGGGAAUUACAUUGUUGCUGUCAUUGUUGACAUAUGCAGUGGAAUGCUUAUACUGUACUGGCUCAGUACAAUUACAUCAUCACCCUCACAACUAUUACUUGAGUCUGGAGAGGUGGUGGUAAGGACUCUGCGAGAAUUACUGCAGUGGUUGAUGGGUAUUCCUGCUGGUUUGAAACUUAAUUAUGCAUUUAAUAAUAUGUUGGGACAGUUCUUCCUUUACCACAUUAAUCUCUGGUGGACAUUUCUAGUGGUUGCCAAACCAUUACUAGAGGUAACAUUCUACAUAUUUCUUUGUCUUGGCCGACUUGGACUCACAUUCCAAGCAUCUAUCCUUGCAGAUCUUCUUGCAUUAGUCAGCUUGCACAUCUACUGCAUCUAUGUGUAUGCUGCCAGAUUGUACAGUUUGCAAGUGUCAGGCUUGGUAGCACUGUGGCGAUUGUUUCUGGGACAGAAACACAACCCCCUGCGAGGACGGGUUGAUUCAUGUCAGUAUUCGCCUGACCAGCUCUUUGUGGGAACCCUGGCAUUUACUAUACUCCUCUUCUUGCUCCCAACGACAUUCAUGUAUUACAUUGUGUUCACAACGCUCCGUCUGGUGGUGGUUGGUCUUGGAGGUCUCCUUACACGUGUGCGCUACAUUCUGCAGUGUCUUCCUUUAUAUGUCAGCAUACUUUGGAUCCUGCAGUCUGCAACCAUCAGCAGUACAGUGCACUUAAUGGUGCGUUUCAGAGAAACACAGGGAUCACUGUUCCUGUCUGUCCAACCAGUGUGUGGCUCCUUGUGGAGAACUGUCCAGUACUGCAUGCCUGAGACAGUACAUCCACCACCCAGAGUGAAGUGGGGGAACCUCUUAGGGAAUCUGGUAUCAGGCAGACUUAUAUAAUAUUACUGUAACCACUCAUUAAUAAAAUCUUGAGAUUCCACAUUCAAAUUUUGUACACUUUCUUUUCUCCUGUCUCAGCUAAUACCCUCAUCCAAAUGAAAACCUCCUACACUAACAGUACACAGUGAAACAGAUUGUUUUAAUCUUCCCUUGUACUAUUUUAUGACACUAAUAUGCCAGUUAAUUUAUCCCUCUUACUCCAGAGUAUGUAUAUACGAGGGUUGGAACUUUAAUAGUGGCAACUAUUUAUUUACAACUGAUACAAAAUAGAUGCAUGUUUUGAAG